AUGCGAAUCUAUCAUCUUCCGCAACUCGGGAGAACCUUCAAUUUCCCUCUGAAUGAAGAAGAACUGGAGGACCUUGCUCUUGGAUUUGACAAGAAGAAGAACGGAUACGUUCAAUACACCGAUUUUCUGCAUGCCUUCGGCGAAGGACACAGGUCAAAAUCUGCCUAUAAGUUUGACGAAGCAUAUCACGAAUUUGAAAACAAGAAAGACGGAUCCAAGAUCAGCAUACGCGCUCUUAUGGACAAGAUCCGAGAUAUCAGCUUGAAGGAGAACAAUACCCUGCUUGCUGGCUUCCGCGCCAUAUCAGGGAAGCACCCUGAAUACAUCUCACAGUGUGACCUGGGUCGCUUCCUUAAAAAACACGGCAUUGAACUCUCUGAGGACGACCUCUACCACCUGAUGACGGUGUAUGACAGAACAAGACGAGGUUGCAUUAACUACACAGACUUUCUCCAACAAACAAUGAAUGUAGUGAAGCCCGACCCGUGA